AUGUUGCACUUUUAUGCGCCCUGGUGAGAACAGGCGCACAGCAGACGGUAACCGCACAUGGGCGAAUUAUUUUGUCUGUGUGAGUCAGUGACCGAGAUAUAAAAAAAGUUACCGAAUAACGGGAAGCGACAAUGUCUAAUUCCGCCCCCUAUGAAGGGGACAGGCGGAGGUCUUCUGGGGUGGCACGUGUAAACAGACCACCGGAUUUGGAGCUGUCGGAAACCACGUUUAGCGCGCCUGAAGCGGGGACACCUGUGGACACUUUUCCAGAAAGAGACAAAAUGCCAGAGGACGGUAACACUUCCACAGACGUGCCAAUGGUUCACCUCCACCCGUACUUAUCUCACCCCCGGAUGUCUGUGCGGAUGUCGGUGUACAGCACCGGGGUCCGUCCCGUCCUCACCCGCGCCUACAUCCAAGGACGCGUGUAUAACUUUCUGGAAAGGCCGUCUGGCUGGAAAUGCUUCGUGUAUCACUUCACAGUGUUCCUUAUAGUUCUGGCCUGUCUGAUCCUCAGCGUUCUGUCCACCAUCGACCAGUACCAGGCUCUGGCUCACACGACACUCUUCUGGGUGGAGAUCGUCCUUGUGGUGUUCUUCGGUGUGGAAUAUUUUGUCCGCCUCUGGUCAGCAGGCUGCCGCAGUAAAUAUGUUGGCAUCUGCGGCCGACUACGCUUUGCCAGGAAGCCAAUAUCUAUUAUAGAUCUGAUUGUAGUUGUUGCCUCAAUAGUUGUGCUGUCAGUCGGCUCCAAAGGUCAAGUUUUUGCCACCUCUGCUGUAAGAGGGAUUCGCUUCCUGCAGAUCCUGCGAAUGCUCCACGUGGACCGACAGGGAGGAACGUGGCGUCUCCUGGGCUCUGUUGUCUUCAUCCAUCGGCAGGAGCUGAUCACUACGUUAUACAUUGGCUUUCUGAGCCUGAUCUUCUCCUCGUACUUUGUCUACCUGGCAGAGAAAGAUGCCGUCGACAGCAGCGGCUCCACCGAGUUUGGAAACUAUGCUGAUGCUCUGUGGUGGGGAGGGGUGACCGUGACCACCAUUGGAUAUGGAGACAAAGUGCCACAAACCUGGAUUGGAAAGACCAUCGCUUCCUGUUUCUCAGUCUUUGCCAUUUCCUUCUUUGCUCUGCCGGCAGGAAUCUUAGGCUCAGGCUUCGCCCUGAAGGUGCAGCAGAAGCAAAGACAAAAACACUUCAACAGACAGAUCCCCGCGGCCGCCUGUCUCAUUCAGACAUCAUGGAGAUGUUUUGCGGUGGAGAACUUUGACUCUGCCACAUUCAAGAUGUUUUUGAGAAAGAAAUCCAACAUCCCCGCCUCCUCUCUGUCCACCCCCAAGCCCAAGAAAUCGGUGAAGAUAAAGAGGAAGCUGAAGAGCACUGACAAGGACAACGGUCCAACUUCUCCAACAAUUCCCAGCAUCACCUACGACUCUGUGUUUGACAGCGGGAGGGAGCUGAGUUCAGACGUUUACAGCACUGUGGGCACAGCUGGUUUAUCAGGGCCGGACACUUUGGGAGGAUGUGGUGAGUGCCAGCAGUCCUGGACGUCUUUGUCUUCACUUCAGUUCAGCUCACCGCCUCCAGUGAAAAAAAACCCCGGCCUUUUGGACGUCCAAACCCCCAGCCCCCUUCGCAGGAACUGCAGCUUUGCGGACGACCUGGAGCUGGAGCCAGAGCGAGAGAGUUGGCUGGCUCCUGUCACCUCGGUGUCACAAUUGACAGAGUCACACCGAAAAGCCAUCCGGGUGAUCCAGAGAAUGCGUUAUUUUGUGGCCAAGAGAAAUUUUCAGCAAGCUCGUAAGCCUUAUGAUGUGCGUGACGUGAUUGAGCAAUACUCCCAGGGUCACCUCAACCUCAUGGUACGAAUCAAGGAGCUGCAGAGAAGACUGGACCAGUCUAUUGGGAAGAUAAGUUUGUUCCAGUCAGGCUCAGACCGAGCUAAAGACAAAGGUACCAACUCUAUCGGGUCCAGACUCAACAGGAUGGAGGACAAGAUAACACACAUGGACCAGACGCUAAACCGCAUCGCAGAGUCCCUCACCUUUCUGCUGGACCAGAGGGACAUCGCUGAGGGCGAAGGUGGAGGCAAGCUGCGUCCACGGCUUGGAAGGACCUGUAACGUCCUCCCCAGCCAGGACAGCCUGCCAAGCUACGACCAGCUGUCUUCAUCACCUUCGUCCUUCUCUUCAAACACCGCCAGCGCCGCAGCCGGUCCAAACCGUCCCCUCAGCUGUACCGCCAGUCAAGAUGAGAGCUGCUGAAACUUGGAACCAAACAGACUCAAGGUUUUUUUCUUUUUUUUUGUCUAAUUAAUCAAAUGUAUUUAGAUCAAAUGCAGUUUUUACUCUGUAUCUAUUUAUCCCUUCAUGUCUGCAGGUCAAAUUUGAGCUAAAAGCUAUUCUUUAAGAUCCAAUUUUUUUUCAAAUUAAAUUUCCUAUUGUUUUUAAAAUAUAUAUAAAUUAGGCUAUGUAUGAAUUUCACCAAGUCAGAAGUGACUGUUGUCUAACAGUCUAGUCACAUUAGUUUUUGCACCAGUUUCACUACAUUGGGUGUUCAUAAAUCUGACGCUCUACACUAAAAUGAGUAAGCUGUUCGAUAUAUGGUGUUCUAUUUCUACGUGACGGUUAAGUUUAUCACACAUUUACUCCGUUUGGGGCUCUACUACUCCGUCUCCGCAGAGUGUGCUCUGCCACUCCGGGAGUUCGUUCCAACAGCACUCCGAAUUUGUGAACGGUCCAGUUUGUGCAAGAGUGAGUAUUUCCAAACGCAUCCAAAACCUGAGACAACAGUCACCUAAGUGUGUUUAGCUAGUUACGCUGGGAGAAAAAUCAGCAUUGCAAGGCAGAAAAUGAAUGCAUUGACUUUUUAAAAUCAUACAUUACAAAAUACAUUUUGCCAAAUGAUAGAAAAAUAUAUGAAAAAGAGAAACAUUAUCGACAUUUCAACACUGAUUUUUCAGCCUAUUUUAUAAGCGUUAGUUUAUUAAGUAGUCUCUUGUAAAUGAUCAGUUGCCUUUAAAAAAUAUUACUUGAAAUCUCUUCAGGUUAAUGCCAAAGACAUUGCCACAGCCACGGCAUCUUAUACUGUGAUUCACUAUGUUUUAUUCUUGUGAAAUAACACAUUUAAUUGAAUUCAUCUUUAAGGG